AUGUGUCGCCGCGAUGCCGAUGCCAUGGGUGCCAACCUCGACAUUGCCAAAGGUCGUGAGGUUCUGCCCAAGAACGUCAAGCCCCUCCACUACCACCUGACCCUGGAGCCUAACCUCGAGACCUUCCAAUAUGAGGGUAAGGUCNNUCUUGACGUCGUCGAGGAUACCACAUCCAUCUCGCUGAACACAAUCGAUAUUGACAUCAAGUCCACCGAGGUCCACUCGGGCUCCAAGCUCAUUACUUCCUCGCCCAAGGUCUCCUACGACGAGAACACCCAGACAACAACCGUCUCGUUCCCCGACACAAUCCCCGCUGGCCACAAGGCUACCCUCACACAGACCUUCACCGGUACUCUCAAUGACAACAUGGCCGGUUUCUACCGUUCGAGCUAUAAGGGCGAGGACGGCAGUGACAAGUACAUCGCCACCACUCAGAUGGAACCCACCGAUGCUCGUAGGGCAUUCCCUUGUUUCGAUGAGCCCGCUCUUAAGGCCGAAUUCACCAUUACCCUGGUCGCCGACAAGAAGUUGACUUGCUUGAGUAACAUGGAUGUUGCCCACGAGAAAGAUGCUCACAACGGCAAGAAGGCCGUCACCUUCAACAAGAGUCCUCUUAUGUCGACCUACCUUCUUGCUUUCAUCGUUGGUGAGCUCAACAUGAUUGAGACCGACGCUUUCAGACUCCCCGUCCGUGUCUUUGCAACACCUGACAAGGACAUUGAGCAUGGCCGUUUCUCUCUUGAACUCGCCGCCAAAACCCUGGAGUUCUACGAGACCAAGUUCGACAGCAAGUUNCCCCUUCCCAAGAUGGAUAUGGUUGCUAUCCCCGAUUUCAGCGCUGGCGCUAUGGAGAACUGGGGUUUGGUCACCUACCGUGUCGUUGACCUUCUGUUCGAUGAGAAGACGAGCGGUGCUUCCACCAAGCAAAGAGUGGCCGAGGUUGUGCAGCACGAGCUUGCUCACCAGUGGUUCGGUAACCUUGUGACCAUGGACUUCUGGGAUGGUCUCUGGUUGAACGAGGGUUUCGCUACCUGGAUGUCGUGGUACUCUUGCAACGAGUUCUACCCUGAGUGGAAGGUGUGGCAAGGCUACGUCACGGAUAACCUCCAGAGUGCUCUCGCUCUCGACUCUCUCCGAAGCUCUCACCCUAUCGAGGUACCUGUCAAGCGUGCAGACGAGAUCAACCAGAUCUUCGAUGCCAUCUCAUACUCCAAGGGAUCCUGCGUUCUCCGUAUGGUUUCCAAGUACCUUGGCGAGGAGACUUUCAUGGAGGGUGUCAGACGCUACCUGAAGAAGCACGCCUUUGGCAAUACUCAGACCAACGACCUCUGGGCUGCUUUGAGCGAUGCCAGUGGAAAGGAUGUUGAGAAGAUCAUGGAUAUCUGGACCAAGAACGUCGGUUUCCCUGUCGUCAGUGUUACCGAGGAUGCCAAGAACAACUCGGUCCACGUCAAGCAAAACAGAUUCUUGCGCACCGCAGAUGUGAAGCCUGAGGAGGACAAGGUUCUUUACCCUGUCUUCCUUGGUCUCCGCUCCAAGGACGGUGUUGACGAGGAGCUCACACUCGAUGGCCGUGAGAGAAGCUUCAAGGUCAAGGAUCUUACCUUCUACAAGAUCAACGCAGACCACUCGGGUAUCUACAGAACCUCAUACUCUCCUGAGCGCCUGCAGAAGCUUGGAGAGGCCGCUAAGAAGGGUCUUCUUACCGUUGAGGACAGAGCUGGUAUGAUUGCUGACGCUGGUGCUCUUGCCGCAUCUGGCUACCAAAAGACUUCCGGUGUCCUGUCCCUGCUCCAAGGCUUCGACACUGAGCCCGAGUUCGUCGUUUGGGAUGAGCUUACUGCCCGUAUUGCCUCGGUGCGCGCAGCUUGGGUCUUCCAAGACGACAAGGUCAAGAAUGCACUCAAGGCCUUCCAGCGCGACCUUGUCAGCAAGAAGUCGCACUCGCUCGGCUGGGAGUUCAAGGAGAGUGAUGGUCACAUUGAGCAGCAGUUCAAGUCGCUCCUCUUCAGCAGCGCAGCUCUCUCCGGUGACGAGAAGACCAAGGCAGCAGCACUUGAGAUGUUUGAGAAGUUCAAGAACGGUGACAGGUCAGCUAUCCACCCCAAUUUGCGCGCCGGUGUAUACGCCGUCGCCCUGCAGAACGGAGGCGAGGCCGAGUAUGACGCUAUUUUGAAGGAGUACAGAACUGCCAAGGAUGCAGAUGCACGCAACACAGCGCUGCGCUCGAUUGGACGUGCUAGACAGCCCGAGCUCAUCAAGCGCUCGCUUGCCAUGGCUCUUAGCAAGGAAGUCAAGGACCAAGAUAUCUACCUCCCUCUUGGUGGACUUCGUUCGCACAAGGAAGGAAUCAUCGCACUCUGGGACUGGGUCAAGGUCAACUGGGACACUAUCUACAAGAAGCUUCCUCCUGGUCUCAGCAUGCUCGGCAGUGUUGUCAGCCUCUGUACCAGCAGCUUCACCAGCGAGAAGCAGAUCCAGGAGAUUGAUGCAUUCUUCAAGGAGCGUAGCACCAAGGGCUUCGACCAGAGCCUGGCACAGAGCUUCGAUGCAAUUAGAGCCAAGGAGGGAUGGUUGAAGAGAGAUGCUGAGGACGUAGAGGCAUGGCUCAAGGCCAACAAGUACCUAAUGCGCACCGCUGGCGAUGAACGAGAGCGCUCACCACACCCCUAUGCCCGCCGUGGCCGCCGAGCUGCCAAAUCCGAAGAGAGCAGCAACUACCACACAUCAACAAACCUGUCGAGCGAGAGCGGCACCGAAGCCGACGAUGAGCGACCGUCCCAAUACCUGAAAGCCCUGCCACCACCUUCUCUACGGCCUGCCAAAGGACUGCGACAGGAAGAUGGUUCGCCGACCCCACUGCUCACACCCUCGCAACUCGACAACCAAGGCCGCCGCUUAUCCGAAGGCUACUUUGAUCACAAACCAGCGCAGACGCCAACAGAGCAUGCCGAAGAAGAUGAACUGCUGCUCGCCCGACGGCUGUUCGAAAAGAGGAGGAGAGCUGAACGCAUCCGUCGCAUCUCCGAGGGUGCUCUGCUUGCUGUCAUUGGGCUGAUCAUCACACUUGCUCCCUCGGUGACACAUGCUCUCUGGAACUGGCAUCGAGGUAAUUCCGGCAGUCUUGGACUCGUGAGUCAAACACUGAUGCCUUGCAGUNNAGAGGUCGCCUCUCAAUUGGCCAUUGUUGCCCUCUUGAUUGCCGUAUACCCCGUGAGGGUGAUAAUCUUCUCUCCUUCCGACGACACGACUCGUCCCAGAUGGCGCCGCUUCCGAGUGCCCGCCUCUUUCGAUCCUGCCUCGAUACUGUAUCCUACCUUUGUUCCCGUCCUGAUCGCCCUUUCUUUGCUACCACAAUACCCUGCUCUACUAUUACCGAACCUAAUCCUGGGCCUGGCUUCUCUACCGCCACGUCUCUUUCCACCCCUAUCUCGUCUCAAGGACAUCAACACGCUCCAUUGGAUUGUUUCCAUCACUCCGCUCAUCUUCUCCGAGAACACCGAGCUGCCCUCUUCGGCAUAUCCUCCUUCACCGUACAAGCUCAAGGCAAGCCAGCCUGCCUUCUUGCAGCCUGAGCUCCUUACUCUGCUAUAUCCUCUCCAUCAGGCUUUGUUGCCCCCACUACACUACUUAACCACAACCAGUCUCUUGGCGGCUGAGAAGCAUCUUCUAUCAGCUGGACUAAUCAAUCUUCUCCUUUUCGCAACCUCGCCCCAGACUGCUAUUCUGCGUGCUCUCCUAUGGGUCGGAGGCGUCUGGAUUCUGGUACUAUGCACUCAUGUCGCACGCUGGAAUGUAGCCCUUGCACGUGUCCCUAGAUGGAGAUUUCGACGGACCGCCUCCAAAUCCGGUCGUUCGCCUUAUGCAAAGAACGAUCUUCUUUCCCACCUCACGAAAUGGGUCUAUCCCUUCACGCGCUAUCAGAACGACGACAGCGAUGCCGAUGAGGAUGUUCCACUUCAGAAGAUUCAGUCUCAAACUCGCAAAACGCCCAAACUUGGUAUCAACACCAUCUUGGCUGACCACGACUUUUAUGAACCAAAAUCAGCAGCUGAAGCAAAUCCACCACCCCACCGAGACUCGGUAGUCGAUGCGAAUGACUUUUCUAGGAAAAGGAGACAUACCAUUGCCAGUAUGGAUGUUCCCACUUCAUUGCUCGGCAACACCCCAAACGCAGCUGCUCAACGAAGACAUCGUCGACUGCGCGAUUGGCACCUAAACUUGACACCUGAGGGUGCGUUCAUGUAUAAAUGGGCGUAUGCCAUUUACAUCUUCACGACCAUUGCCUUUGUCAUUCUGGUCCCAGUACGCAGAACGAUCUCAGAUGCUGCUCUCAAUUCGGCAGAGCCUAUCAUCUGGGCAUUCGAGUAUCUCUUUUCAGACAUACCCACGUUCUUCAAUGCGUUCUCUUCCAGGGUCGAUCGCAUUGCUUACAAAGAUGAGAUUUUGCAAAAUCUGUCGUUCCAUGGGUCUUCUGUUCCUGGUGUGAGAGCUGCAGUGGGUGCGGCCAAUACGCGGCUUCUCAUCGUUGCAUAUUGGGCGGCUGUCCUCUGUGUCGGUUUGAUUGCAGUCUUGCGUCUGACCCCCUUCAUCGAAGUGGACACAAGGCGAAAAGUUUUUCACGCGGUCAUGGUUACCAUGCUUUUGCCCUCCAUUUUUGUAGACCCUUGCUUUUGUUCGCUAGCCCUCGGACUCGUCCUCGCCAUCUUCUUGAUCCUAGAAAUCAUCCGCGCCGGUCAGGUUCCUCCACUCGGCAUUGCUAUUGGCAGCUUUGUCGCACCAUACGUUGAUGGCAGAGACUUGCGCGGGCCUAUGGUUGUCAGCCACGUUUUUCUGCUCAUCGGCUGUGCUAUCCCGCUAUGGCUUUCUCUUGCUGGCAUCGGCAGGACGAAAUCUGGUCGCUGGCCUGGCUGGGAGACGGAGAACGAGAGUCGCGAGGUGGCUAUGGUGGCGGGAGUCAUCUGUGUAGGUAUGGGCGACGCAGCAGCCAGUUUGAUCGGUAGACGCUUUGGGCGCUGCAAGUGGCCUUGGAUAGGUGGCAAGAGCCUUGAGGGCAGUGCGGCUUUUGCUGUUGCCGUGACCAUUGGGUUGUUGCUUGCCAAAGCGUGGGUGAGGUUUGGAAGGUGGGCUGAAGUGUAUGACACUCCUGAGACGCUUGUUGCUUCUUCUCUGUUGCCUUCAUGUAUGGGCUUUUGGGGUUUAGAGGUGUUCAAGAUGUUUGUUUGUGGCUGUGGGGCUUCAUUUAUGGAAGCUGUGCUUACGGGGGCCAACGACAAUGUUGUUGUUCCUGUCGCUUUGUGGCUGUUGGUCAAAAGUAUGGGUAUAUAG